AAAAAAACAUGUCUGGCAGCUCUGCCAGGGCGCACCGCAAAAAAGCCGACAGUAGAAUAAAAAAUUGUAAAUAAAAAUUAUAAAUGAACAUUGAAUAUUUAAAUUAUUUUCCUCUUUGAUGUCCAGUAAGCGCAAAGAUCCUUGUAAGGCAAACGCAUGUAAAAUACAGGCCUGCUUGAGCGAAAAUCACUAUCAAGAGAGCAAGUGCUUGGAGGUCCUGGAACAAAUGCGUCUAUGUUGCUUAAAGUGGCAUAAGGAAUCAAAUUGUUGUUCAGGAAUAAUUUUAGAAAGAAGUUACCUCGUUGGCAAGGACGAACAAAAGCAGAACUCAUAAAGCCAUAACAAAGAA